AUGGAGGAAGUUGGCGGAUCGUAUUGGUCGAUGCUGGAGGAGGAGGAAGACCACCAGCAAUGUCUCUCUGCGCUCUUGAGUGCGACACCGUACGCGUUCGAAGCGCAGGUCUGCGAAGGAACGGCGUCGGCAGGCGCCUCGCCGGUCGACCUCUGCGAUCGGGCGCACCCCCGCGAGGGCGACGCACAGCCCAACGCCACAGCCGACCUCGGAGGCUGCAUGCGGGACGACGGCGAAGAAAGAGGCGAGUUGGAAAACGGCCUCUCGGCAGACCCCACGCCAGAGAACGAAGCCGCCCGAUCAACCGCAGCCGCAGCGACACUCGAGCUCGUUCUCAACAGUGACCAGUUCAUGCAGGAACUGCAUGCAAAGGAAACAGCGCUGAUUCGAUUCCUCAGCAGCCCGGUGGUGAUAGGCGAGCUCGUCCGGCUCCUCACGGUUCUCCCAGGGGAAGACGCAUCAUUUGCUCAAAAGUACAGCAGCCCCUACUACGCGGCGGAGGUCUUCUGUUCGCACUCGUCUCCGAUCAUUCUGGCGCUCUUGACGGAUCCGAACUGCGCGACUGCUCGAGACGCUUUCUGGAAUUUCCUUGCAAAUCCGGCCCCACUCAAUCCCGUUUUGGCAGGCUACUUCUCUCGCUGCUGGCAGGCGAUCGUCAAGGCGCACCCCGACGAGACGGUUGCCUAUCUGGCUUCUCUCGGAGAUGCGCCGCAAGCGCUGGCUCGGCAUCUCUACAGUCGCUCGAUUGCAGAUCUGUAUAAAUGCGUCCUCUACGUUGAACAGUGCAUACCGGCCCUCAUCGAACCGAGUACCAUCAUCCCGACCCUCUUUCGGCUGCUGAAACACUCAGCAGACACCCGGCCUUUCCCGCGUCGUGCGACGGCCUCGGCGCCUCGAGCUCUCGGCGAUGGCAACGCAUGCUCUCUGACGCCGAGCGAAGCUGCUGAGUCCGGGUCCAGCUGCGCAUCGACAGAGGAGAGUUCCGCAGAGGCGCCGUCUGUUUCUCCGGCUUCUUGUGCGUCUGAGGCAGCUCAGACGCGCGAAGAGGACGAGGACGUCAUGUGUGGUCUAGAAGGUCAGGUCUGCGUUACGCUCGUGGCUCGAGAGCUGAUUUACCAGCGUCUCUUCAUUUCCUACUUCCCCGUUCUCCUCAGAGAUCUCACCAGCCAGCAGGUUCUUCUCCAACUCGUCGACAUGGUCACCUCCGAGUGCCCCUCGUGCGUCUCCUCCGGCGUGUCGAUUUUGACCGACCUUCUCUGUUGCACUUGCGUGGGGGAGAACCAGAUUUCCGAGGCGAGUGGCCCGGGAACUGCCUCCGACCCGCCGACCCUCGGCGCGCCGAUGGACGGACCCGAAACGGCGACGGACGAAGACGGAGACGCCGAGCCUCCAGCGGCGAGCGAGGGGAACACGGAGACACCAAACAGCGACGGCGAGGGCGGGGAGGAGGAAGGAAGAGAAGGCGAUCUGGGCAACACAGCCGGAGACGACGAGGGCGACAGUCGCACAGAGGACGAGAGGCAGAAAGUGGAGCGGAGAAAGAACGACGGGGCGACCGGAGCAGGGCAGGAAGACGCAACGGAGCAUGGCACGCGCGGAGGCGCGCUGACUUCAGAUGAGAAAGCAGAGACAGCCGACCCGCCAGAACAGAGACUGUUCUCACGACCGGGCGAAGAGGAAUUCGUUCUCGCCGCAGGAGACUCCGGGACCUUUGAAAACGGUGCGGACGCCUCGCUCGCGGCGCCUCAGAGAGACCGCGCGUCGUCGGGUGUCUCGACAGACAACGACGCGGGAGCGAAGGCGGGAGACGCAGCUGGUCGGGGGGCAAACGAGCGGAGCGAGACGGAAGCGAGAGAGGGGAACCCCCAAGAGGGGAGAGGAACAGGACCGUCUUCUGAUCCGUUUGUGUCCUCCUCGGCGGCCGUUUCCUCUGGUCAGAGGGAUGGGCUCGCCAGCGAGACAGGGGAGACAGGGGAGACAGGCGACAGGGGAGAGACGGACGAGGCCUUUUCUCCGUUUCAAGGUUCAGGCGCGUCUUCCUCGUGUGGUGGACCUGCCGAGGCGCGAGGCGGAGAAGACGAAGAGCCUCACAGGAACGUUUUGGCGCUUUCAGGGGGCGCGCAGGAGAGCGAGGAGGAGGGCUUGGACAUUCGCGGCUUCAACGGCGUCUUUGAGAUCGAAGAAGACGAAACUCUCGCGUCGUCCGUCUUCGCCAAGGAAGACCGCAAGUGGAUCCAGCAGUUGGAGGCCGGCGAGUUCGUCGAGCUGUACAUACACCCCAACUUGGAUCGACUGAUGGCGAAGUUGACGGCGUGCUGCGGUUUCGAAGACGUGGCGAGGGCCGCUCAGGAGAGUGCACGAGGCGACACUGACAAGGCGGCGCCGGAGAAGCAAAACCCCCUGGCAGAGAAGGCGAAUCCAAACGGAAGAGCCGCGGCGAGAACUGAGGGGACGCCUGAACCCGCGAACAGGGGAGAACCCGAAGCGAAGCCGCGUACCGAGGAACCGCAAGACACCCCUUCCUCUCCUUUCUCUUCCCCUCCUUCGUCUGCGUCUUCUCCCCCGUCCCCUGCUUUCUCUUCCCCUCCUUUCUCUUCCCCUGCUUUCUCUUCCCCAGCUUCCUCCGCUUCUUUGGAGGUGCCGGGCGCUUCUCGGGCGCCGUUGCCUCUCUGCUCUUGCUCGCCCACGUCUGCGCACGGCGCGUCGUUUGCGUUUUCGGGUCCUUUUUCCCGCUGGAGGUUGAAGGGUUGCGGCGCGUCGCUCGCGUCCUCCCGUCUGGCGAACGGCGAGUUCCCUGCGGUCGGCAUGGAGACCCUCGAGCUGCUGACCUUGGUGAAAUCUCUGCUGAAGAGCAACGCCGUUCGAACCGCUUCUGCGUUGCUCCAGCGAGGCGUCCUGGACCUCGCAGUCGAACUCCUGUUCCUGCAUCCCUGGAACACUCUCUUGCAUCUCACGGUCACGGACAUGCUGCAGUCUGUGUUGCAGCGCAGCGAGUUGGACAGUGGUCCGCAGAUCGUUUUCCAGCACACGCGGCUGAUUCCUCUCCUCAUCGCGCACUUCCAGGCGAAACGCCGAAGCCGGCAAGCGCUCGCGGCCACGCUGGACGGAGCGCGUGCGUUGGGGCGGCGUCGCGGCUCGGAAGAAACGAACGGGGGCGGACAGGAGACUGGCGAGCGCGAGGCAGACGACCGGAACAGGGGAAGCAGACAGAAGAGAGAGAAACGGGAAACCUGCGGAUACACCGCACACCUUCUGCAAAUUGCGCAGCUGGUCGGAGCGACUCUCGAGGCGAAACCCGAGCUCUUGGACCUCUUGCCUGUCGUCUGGCAACGGCAGUGGGACGACGUGGUUAGCGAGUUGCUGUACUAUCAACAGAUGAUUCUCAGCGAGGACGCGGUGAGCUUGGACCUGGAAGACGGGACUCUCGCGACGCUUCCAGCAGUCCGAACUCUCGGCGACUCCUUCCCGUCUUCCGGCGACAGCUUUGGGGGUUCUGGGGUGUACACGGCGAAGCCUGCGUUCGAAUCCGAUACCAGCGGCGCGGCGUACAACGGGAAUCUGCAAGACGUGUACGCGAGCUCGGACCUUUUCGGCGCUGGUGCUUCGCACGGCGAAGGCGCCUUCGGAGACGCGCCUCUCUCUGAUGCCGGGAAUCACGCGACUCGCGGCGCUCGCACCAGCGACGGCUACGGGGGAACGUUUUGUCAGAAUCCUCAGAGUCAUGGCGGCGCGCAUGCGUUUCGGCCCGUGCGGCAAGACUCCAUUGAACUCGCGCUCUUGCGAGAGCAGGCGCCCACCGAAUCUGUUCGCGGCGAGAGAGGGGAAGAGCGGAGACAAGACGAGGCCAGGUCGGCAGACAACGCGAGGGGCGUCGAUAACCUGUCUCGGAGGGGACCCGACAAGGAUGUGGACCAGGAAACGAACGGGGAGGACGGCAAAGAGAAGGAAGACAGUCUGAAAAAGAGAGGGGAAGAUGAGCAAGUGUAA